GCCUACCAAGCUCUGUCGGAACUGAAACCCGGAGUGAAGAACUGGAAUGUCUGCGUUCAUGUCUCCCACCUGUGGAAAUACCGCGGUGGCACCGACAUUGGUCCGGUGCAACAUGUAGAUAUGGUUCUGGUCAAUAACAAGGGAAAUGCUAUGUACACUGAGAUAGGAAAGGAUGACUUGGAGCAUAAAGCUUCGCUAUUGGCUGACGGCAACACAUACACUCUGACCAGAUUCAUGGUGUCGCUUGCCACACUAUUGUGGAAGCAGUGGCUGACAUCCAAGAUGGCUUUCUGGAGUUUGUGUACGACCCUAUUCCGUUUCUGGACCUCGCAGCCUAUGUGGGAGAGAACAAGCGCUUUGUGGGUGAUCAUUUCUUCCAGUUUAGGCCAUCCUUUGUCAUCUAACUUUUAGUGUUUGGAACUCAUUCACUUUUGUUUCUUUAUGUAGAUAUUGUUGGGUCAUAGUGAGUGUCUUUGCUGCUGCAUUUCUCUGCAUUGCGCGCCAGCCAACUCUGACCACCAAACGCACUAUAGUCCUGGAAGACCACUUUUAUUUCAUUUUCUCUAUUCUUGAGGUUUAUAUAUGGUUCAAACUUCAAACAUAUUAAUUAAUCAACUCCAUUGAGGUGGCACUGAGAAAAUGAUUUAAAUGCUGGCCUCAUGCAAACAGAAGUUGGCUUGCUUCUGGAAAACUUGCUAGUUUCUUGGGGGGGACCUAACCUGUCUGUGGGUUUGUCCGUGUUUAUUUCAGAUGGUCUUCUCUGUAGUGCCCCCGUUGUCUACUAUGUAUGGGGCAUUUAACUCUGGGACGGAAUCAUUGUUGACUAGUAACAGUAAAACAUUGGAACUGUAAUUCUACUUGUGUGCUAGUUGUCGUAACAAACAAGCACAUUCGUUUAGUUACUGGUACUAUAUUUGGUUGAAUGAGCUCUUCUUUCCCCCUAAAUCUAGUUCUUCAUUUAUAGCCCUCAGCAUCAUGAAUCUGAAUUGUUUAAUUGCACUGUUUCCAGGUGCAUCAGUUACUUAAGUUCAUUGCAAAAUUUUCAAAACAUCCAAAUGGCAAGGUAUUGCUAUGGAAAAUGGGAAUUUCACGGGUUCUUAAUAAGUUGCUAAAGAACUGCAGCAACGCAUCUUACUUGGAAGAUAAAGCGAUCUCUGAAAGAGGAGCCUACAGAAGUGACCAACUUAUGCUCAAAUGGAGGAUUCCCUUAUUCAGAUGUCUCGCAUCUAUCUUCAGUGCCCAGCCAUCUGGCAAAGAGCAGACUGCUAUUGAAGAGUCCUCAGAGAAUGCUAGCGUUGAGGAGUGCUCUUCUAUCAUGCAUCACCUCUUGGUCUUAUGCCAGGCUCUCCCUAUAUUCCUUGACAGGAUUUUCAAUCCUGUUCUUGCAAUUAUAUUGUCAGUGACAUUUGUUCUUGCCUUUGGGGAGGUUAUACCUCAAGCAAUAUGUACCAGGUAUGGGCUGGCAGUGGGUGCUUGCUUUGUUUGGCUCGUACGCAUCGUCAUGUUCAUUGCGUAUCCUAUUGCUUACCCUAUUGGGAAGGUAAAUCAGCAAAGUCACAUUACUCAAUAUAAAAGUGUUAAUUUGUACUGUAUCAUAAUCAUGUGAAGCUUAUCGAGUGGCCUAGAUUUUGAAUUCCAAUGAAUUAGACUAUUAUUAUGAGGCCUGGGCUCACUGCUCUUUGGUGCCAUUGUUGAUGGACAAGGUCAUGAAGUGAUAUUUUGGUUACACUUCUCUAAUUAGGAGAUUUUGGUAA